AUGGCCAACGCUGCAGUACUUCAGGACAAGCUGAAGGAAAACGACACCAAAGCACUAUUUCUCAGCGAACAACUUUCAUGUCUAAACACAAAGCACCACAAGUGGUCUGAGGCCACAAUACGACAAGCCGUAUUAUGGCACGCAAAGUCUCCCUGUGGCUACGAGAUACUGCGCGAGUCUGGAUGCCUGACACUCCCCAGCCGAUCGACCUUAAAGAGGUAUAUAGGAGCUUGCCGCGGGGAGGUCGUUUCCUCGCUGAUAAAACAACGGCUACAUCAAGAGUCGACCUUCUUGACUGAUCGCGAGAAAAAAGGAUCUCUUGUUGUCGACGAGAUGUCCAUCAAACAAGUAGCAACAUACGAAAAAAAAGCCGACCGCGUGCACGGUCUUGUGGAAAUGGGAGGGCUAGAAAAGGCGUUGGGAAUGGAAAAUGAACUCGCCACCCAUCUACUCGCCUUCGUGUUCGUUGGGCUGUCCACCCAUUACACCAUUCCAGUUGGCUACUACUUCACGAGGUCGACCACAGGAGAACAGCUUCAUCAUUUGACGAUGCGUGUCAUUAGGUCCGUUGAAGAUGCUGGCUUUGAGGUCGUCAGACUUGUAGCAGAUAAUCACUCUUCCAACUGCAGAAUGUUCUCAAUACUGAGCAACGGGGCAAUACAACCAGUGGUGCCGCACCCCAUGAACGACAACAGGAGGCUGUUCCUGGCUUUUGACCACUGUCACAUACUGAAAAACGUGCGUAAUCAGCUCCUGGCACCAAACCGUUUCCUUUGCAAUGGAGGGGAAUAUUAUAGCCCCAAGUAUCUGAGGAUGUUGGUUGACAUUAUUGAAAGACAGAACGCAUUCAAGCUAGUCCGGCGCCUCACAAGGAAGCACGUGUUUCCUACGAACUUCGAGAAGAUGAACGUCAGGAGAGCUCUCGACGUAUUUUCGCCAGAGGUCACAGCUACACUGCGUUAUCUGCAACAGUAUGGAAGGAGAUUCGGCGUUUUAGGGUUCGAGGACAGCCUGCCGACGAUCCGUUUCAUGGAAAUGAUACACAAGUGGUUCACAAUCCAUAACAUAAGGAGCACCACUUUCUAUGUGAUCACCAGAGACCCUGAUCGGAUGCCAUUCAGCUCAUGUGAUGACGACAGGUUAUCCUGGCUGGAGAACGAGUUUCUGCCGUUUUUUGCGGCCUGGAAAGAAACAGCGCCUGACAAGCGUGCCUUCAUUUCACUGGAAACGUAUGAAGCACUCCAAAUAACGACACGGUCAACUGUGGAGUCGACAAAGUUCCUCCUUCGUUCGGGCUUCGUAUACGUCCUCACAGCGAAGUUCUCGAGCGAUCCUGUAGAAGCCCUCUUCUCCACUGUCCGCCAGCUAAAUGGAUCGAAUGAUCAAACGGAUGCUCGUGCAGCGCUGUCAUCACUGCAGAAAGUGCUAGCCAUGGGCAUCAUUCAUUCAUCUGCAAGCGGUAGCACAGAACGAACUGUAGGCCUUCUUGGCUCGUGCCAUCUUCCACUGAGCUUACAGACAGCCCAAACGCAAGGGACCACUCCACCUUCCUUGCCAUCACCAAAUUCAUUAGAAAUGCAGCCACAACAGCAAAUAAGACAGCUAGGAACACUGCCACAACGUGAAGAAAACAUGCCUAUAGCACACUAUCAGGUUGAAGAAGAAACUUCGGCAACCGUCGCCACAACAGGCCCAAGCACAUCAUAUAACAGCCUUCAGUUGGAAGUGGCAACACCGAGCAGAGAGCACGUAAAGGCUUCUGUUGAGGACAUCCAAAUCGCCAUGCGUCCUCACCUUGCAGCUCUACAGAGUUCAGCCGGUGCGUGACGUAAACGCACAGCCUCUCGUACUUUUAACUAUAUCGCGCGAGAACACUACAAUAUGGUCGUGCGCCGUCCUGAAGGGAACAUCGCAUUAGACGACUCUUGCACAGGAAAGUGCUUAGUGCGCUUGAGAGUACUCCUGCCGGUCUCGCUGAUUAUCGCCGCUUAAAGGCGCUACAAUGACGCGUGAUGGACGCUGGCGCGAUAUGGUUAAAAAUGCGGGAGGCUGUACCUGCAAGCGCGUUGCAAUUGUGUGCUGUGUAGGUCUUUUGAACUACGCGCCUUA